UGUAAAAGUUCCAUCUUUCCGAAUGUAUUGGGCUGCUGAUACUAGAUACGCUCCUAUCGCCGAUGUUAUGUGUCGCAAUCGUUUCGAAGAAAUAAAGCGAUUUCUUCAUUUCAAUGAUAACUCGUCAAUGAAACUUCGCGGAGAACCUGGGUACGAUAAGCUUUUCAAGAUUCGCCCUUUCAUUGAUGCAGUACGAGCAAAUUUUUUGAAAAUCGAACCCGAAUCUGAACAGAGCAUUGACGAAAUCAUGGUCCCAACGAAAGCCAGGUGCAAUAUUCGGCAAUAUAAUCCAAACAAGCCACAUAAAUUUGGAAUCAAAAUUACUGGAAGGGCAGGUAAAAGUGGAUUCCUGCAUGAUUUUGAAGUGUAUGAAGGAAAGAGCAAUAAUGACGCUGCUGGUACAUGAGGAGUGAGCGGAGAUAUUGUUUUGAAGCUGGUUUCGUCUUUAGAGCAACAUAAACACUUCCGUUUGUUUGCCGAUAACUGGUUCUCUUCUUAUGCGGUGGUGAAAGAGUUACAAGAAAAAGGAUUCGAGUAUACUGGUACGAUCAGACGGAAUCGUAUACCCAACGUUACAAUGAAGUCGGAUGAGCAGUUGAAGAAAGAUGGUCGUGGUUCUCACGAUUCUCGGAUUUCUGACGACGGGAUCAAAGUCGUCAAGUGGAUGGACAACAAAAUUAUUCAUCUCAUAUCUACAUAUGGCGAUAUUCAACCGGCCGAUAUGCGAUGGUCUGCAAAGGAAAAACAGUUUGUCGAAAUCGAGCGGCCAGCAGUCGUCAAGGAUUACAACCAAGCUAUGGGAGGUAUUGAUCUCAACGAUCAAUUGGUGGCAAUUUAUCGCACUGACAUCGGCACGAAAAAAUACUAUCUUCGAGUGUUCCAUCAUUUCUUGGACGUUUGUGUGGUUAACGCAUGGCUCCUUUAUCGCCGCCACUGCUUCCAAAGAGGUGAAGAAAGACACAUGACAUUGCUUGAGUUUCGUAUGGAUGUAGCAGUUUCUCUGAUAAAAUACGGCAAGCAUAUUGUCCAGCGCAAGGGAAGGCCAUCCAAAGCUGCACUUAGCGUUCAGAUGAAAAAACCCAGAACUGUGGUGUCAGAACCAACUCUCGAGAUUCGUUUCGAUGGAAUAUCACAUUGGCCAGAGAUUACUGACAGACAACGAUGCCGCCAAUGUAAUCAUCGAAACCAUUUCACGUAUUUCCGAUAAUCCAAAUGUGGUACUCCGCUAUGCUUGGCACGAGAACGAAAUUGUUACACCGCAUAUCAUCAAUUACCUAUGUAAUGUUUAGUGAAUCAUGUUGGAUUUGCUUUUCCGCUAUAUUUUUGUAACAAAAUAUAUGAUACUGGUGAUUAAUUUGAGCAGUUGAUGCAUUAAAACUCGUAUUUUAU